AAGGCUCCGCGGGAGGGAGGUUACAGGAGAGGGGAGCCGGGUCCCAGCUCCCGCCAACGAGCGAGGUGGGCGAGGAAGGUGUGCCUUGCUCCGUGUGCCGGUGAAGCCUAAGCGAUGGUGAGACGGCUGCAGUCUGAGCUCACCCCGGAUACCAGGUGCCAACUGUGAAGGCAACACACGCCCGAGGAGCCAGCGAGUUCGCAGGGAAGAUGCGAGCCCAACACUGGUGCCUUGUUCUGCUGCUCCAGCACAGUCUACACCUGGUUGCUUUUACCCUUGGGAAUACGUCAAACGAUGCAAACGACUCAAAGCCCAGUGGCUCCAAAAGCACACAGAAGCAUGUGCUGCUCAAGGGCAACAGAACGUCUGCUCUCAGCCAGUGGGUUAUGCAGGCGCUGCCGAACACUGGGAACUCCACCCUCCUGCGCUUGCCGUUCUCAUCGCCUGUCUCCUACUCCAAGCAGGAUAUCUGGGACUGGCUGGGAAAUAUAUCCGAUCAACACGAAGACCCCAACUCCAGAGUCAAGAGGAGACCGAUGGUUAAGACGGGGAAAUUUAAGAAAAUGUUUGGAUGGGGCGAUUUUUAUUCAAACAUCAAAACCGUGAAACUAAACCUGCUGAUCACAGGGAAAAUCGUGGACCAUGGCAACGGUACGUUCAGUGUCUACUUCCGCCACAAUUCUACUGGCCAGGGAAACAUAUCCGUGAGCCUCGUGCCGCCCACGAAGGCGGUCGAGUUUGACCUGUCUCAACAAACCACGAUUGAUGCCAAAGAUUCUAAAAUAUUUAACUGCCGCAUCGAAUACGAGAAGAUCGACAGAGCGAAGAAGACUGCGCUGUGUAAUUAUGACCCGUCCAAAACUUGCUACCAGGAGCAGACCCAGAGCCACGUAUCCUGGAUCUGCUCCAAGCCCUUUAAAGUCAUCUGCAUCUACAUUUCCUUUUACAGCACGGAUUACAGACUGGUGCAGAAAGUGUGCCCUGACUAUAAUUACCACAGUGACACGCCCUACUUUCCCUCUGGUUGAAGGUUUCUGGAGGGAAAUGUGUUUUUUUUUUCAAAUUAUUCUUAACGUGCUGAGCUGGAGUCGACGGCAGGUGAACUGGCAAACCGUGGUUUCAUGGAGACCACAAUUUAAUAAGGUUCAUGGUGAUUGCAAUUUAAUGCCUGUUGUUAAGUUGUUUUGUGCCUAUUAUUACAGCAGUUUCUGCAGUUCUGUAAAUGGGUGUAAAAUAUGUAAAUUGUUCAGCGCAAAAGAGCUCAGAAAGGCUAGUGCAGAGAAUCAACUUUCCAGGAAGACUCUAACCUCUGAGAUCUAUUUCAGUGGUAUCAGUAAUCAAUGUCGGAGAGCCAGACUUAGCAACUGAUAGACCAAUAGUUAUUGUAAUUGUCAUCUAAAAUCAUAUUUAAUAUUGAAUCCUAUGAGUCAUUUUAGGUUUCAAAAAACAUUAGAUCAAUGUUAAAAUGGAUGAAUAAUUAACUAACUGCCAUUGCCAUUAGCUGAAGACACUGACAAAUUAUGGAUAUUAUGCAAAGUGCCCCACUUGUCUCAACCACUUUCACCCAACAUGUCGUUUAAUAAUUUCCCAUUUCUCGUGGUCUCCGGUGUUGCCUCUUGUCUUCAUUGCAUCAAUUUUGCAGGUCAGGCAGAAUUAAUAUUACAUUAUUCGUCGAGGCAUUUAGAAAGGAAGAGAAGGAAAUCUCACUGUAAAGAAGGAUGCAGAAGCGGGUUUGUUCAGUGACAAGGCUCGCUCUCUUUUCUCUGUGUAGCCUCGUAAGACUCCGUCCGAACUUUUAACUUCUCGCCGACCUGAACAGUGUUGCUUUGUGGAUCUGUUUGCUCCGUGGAAUCAUGCAAGCACAAGAUGCUUCUGAGCAUAAGGAGCUACCUUGCAGCUUAAUUCACGACAAACUUCUAGUUUAUCUUUGUGAAUGUG